UGCCUGGUGUCAUACCUAAGAGGUGUCGCUGUUCUUGCUGUGGCCCCUACGUCUCGGGUUCUUGACAGUUCGUUCGGGUAGUGGACUUUUAAUGCAUACCUCUAGGCUGUGUUUGGUUGUUCCGUAGAUUAGCUGAGAGUUGCCCCUCUUUAGCGGUGGAGCUUUUUACUGUAUCUUUGGUGUCGGGCAAUGGGAUUUCGCCCCGAAUCGUUUAUGUGUCAAGCCUGACGAAAACUAUCCAAAGCGGGGAAGACGAUGGCGAAGUGGUGUGGUGGCAGCUGGAUUAUUUGGCGGAUCUUAUUGUUACUACCUGUUUUGGUGAAGCUCAGCGGAGCCGAGAACAAUAGCCAGGAGUACUACACCGCCGUGCUUAACGCCAGCACCACAGAGGGGGGCAAAACCGUGGUCCUCACUAGGGUGAAUGAGGGUCGUUAUGGGCUCGACUCACCAAAAACGGAUGUUAAAGGAGUGCUCGUGGCCCCGGUUGUUGUACACGGAGUUACAGAUAGACAAGGGUGUGAUCCACAUACUCGCUUCAACGUACCGCCCACUACCAAGCAGUGGAUUGCACUACUGCAGCGUGGUAACUGCACCUUUAGAGAAAAAAUUAUACGAGCGGCUUCUCAUAAUGCUACAGCAGUGAUCAUCUACAACAAUGUAACCAAUGAAGAUGCUGUCACAAUGACUCACCCAGGAACAGGUGAAAUCGUAGCUAUCAUGAUUAAAGAAUCAAUGGGGAAGGAGCUGCUUAGUUACAUUCAAAGAAAUGUUUCCAUUUUCAUGAUCAUUGGAGUGGGUACCCGUAACUCACAGAAGAGCUUUAGUCGGGGUUCUCUGGUGUUUGUCUCAAUAUCUUUUAUUGUCCUCAUGAUCAUCUCUUCAGCAUGGCUAAUCUUUUACUUCAUACAGAAGAUCAGACUUGCAAAUGCACGUGACAAAAGCCAGCGUCGUUUUGGGGAUGCAGCAAAAAAAGCCAUCAGUAAACUUACAACUAAGACUGUGAAAAAGGGUGACAAGGAAACUGGCCCUGACUUUGAUCACUGCGCAGUGUGCAUUGAAGAAUAUAAACUGAAUGAUGUAGUCCGUAUUCUGCCAUGCAAGCAUGUGUUCCACAAAACCUGUGUGGAUCCGUGGCUUCAUGAACAUUGCACAUGUCCCAUGUGCAAACUAAACAUUCUGAAGGCGUUAGGGAUUAUGGCUAAUCCACCAUGUUUAGACCAUGCUGCCUUUGAUGUGGAGAGGCUCGCCAGAGGUCAAGCUGUCAAUCGGCUAUCUGAGACAGGUGAGGUGCUUAGUGAUGACUCACUAAGUGUAGAACCACUGCACCAGUCUGGAACAUUACAGAUUCAUCAGGACACAGAGUUCUCCCCGAGGCCUGGAGAGAUAAAUAUUGCUGUUACAAGUGGCCGUUUCUUUCAUCGAAACUCUCUGUCUCCCCGCAGCCUGGUUUGCGAAAUUGAACUUUCAACCAUUCAGCCUUCCUUGGACCUGUAUGAUGAAAAUAAAGUUUGACAACUCAUUUGAACAAACAAAAAGAAUUAAAAUAUUGCUGCAUCUCUGAAUCUGCAGACAUCUUGGUUUCAAAGAUCCGUACCCAGGUUCCAAAGUCCGUUUCUGCUCACUGUCACUUGCUGUUUCUCUCCUUAUAGUGGGAUUGUCUCGCAGACUAUGCAGCUUGCAUUUGCAUUUGUGUGAGAUAUUUGCUCAGAAACUUCACUGAGACUUUUAAACUGGAAUUUUUACCACUUGCAAUGUUGCCUGCAGAGGAACAUACAGCAGUAGUAAUUGAAAUCCAUUAGUUUUGCAAAUGGUAUUCAUAAUAGGGAAAGAAUGAAAAAUAAUACUGAUUUUUUUGUGUAAUACUGCCUCAUUUUCCAUGUAGUGCUAUAAUUCUGGAACUAGCUUAUUUCUUUGUACUUUCCUGAAGGAGUAUAUAAGAUUUAAGUUUGCAUAUUCUGAGAAUUAAAAGUAAGUUGGUAGAAAGGA